AUGGAGGAGUACAGCAUCGCCACCCAGGGCUGGAAGCUGAGCUCCUGCGACAUGUGCGAGCUGGCCCGCAACAGCGUCCUCAUGAGCGGCUUCUCCCACAAGGUGAAGAGCUACUGGUUGGGUCCCCAUUACCUGAAGGAGGGUCCUGAAGGCAACGACAUCCGCCGCACCAACGUUCCCGACAUCCGCGUGAGCUACCGCUUCGAGACGCUGCGCCAGGAGCUGACCCUCAUCACGCAGGCGGUGCAGAGCGAGGAGCUGGAGACCAUCCAGGAGGAGGAUGCUCUCACCAUCACCGCCACCCUCAGCACCCAGUGACCCCCCCUCCAUC